UAUACAUUAACUUAAAAUAUACAUAUGCACAGCGUUUAUACGUGUUUAUUCCUGUAAUUUGGCUUAGCGGUGUUAAUCAGCAAUCGUCAUGUAUUUACACAAAUAAACAACAGUUGUUAGUACAGCUUAUAAAUGUAGCUAAUAAAAAGCCAGUUCAACUAAGCUAGCUUCUUCAUAGUGCUAUCAAAAAAUAAGGAAGUGUCCUCAGGUGUUCGCUUGUGGAAAGAGAAAGUAAUCACUAAUCGCAUUGUCAGCAGCACUGCGCUGACAAAGAUGUAAACGUCCCGUGUUUUUUUAGAUGUGAUUACGCCUGCGUAGUCCAUUAAAAUGUUGGACUCCAAUGACACCUUCUUUUCCUUGGACAAUCUCUUCUUUGAAGGGCCUGUCGUCCACAAAGUGAAGCCAAUGUGCCAAGGGGCCAGUUCAUGGAGGUUGGAUGCUCCUCCAUCCACCUCUCAGAUCCCAUGCACCCAGGACAUCCAGAAAGAGGCAGAGACUCUCUCGUCCUUAUGCAAUGUCUUGGGGCCCUUCCCAUCCAAAUUCAUCAGUUCUCACGGCCUACAAAACCAUCAGGGAGAUACAGGGAAUAAUCAGGGGAACAAGGGCGGGGCUGACUGUUUUUGGGGAGGCCAGGGUUACUUCAGCCACUCUGAGGGACGUGGAGAUGAAACACCUCUGGACAAUGGCCAUGCAGCCGCUAACCGAAGGGCUUUGUAUGAAGAAUUUGGAGAAAGCACACCUCAACGAAGAAGGCAAGAUUUAGUAAUGUCUCUGUAACAAAAAUAGUAUUAUUAUAACAAACAUGGUCAUUUUGUGUAGAUGUGUUAUAUGCCUACUAAGGUCAGACAUUUAUCCUUUAAGAAGCUUCUUGCAAGCCUAUUUUCUUCUUAUUUUCCCCCUCCAUUUCACCUUCUUCCAAUCCCCGACAGUUUAUUUAAACCCUCCAGGGGUCAGGUGUUGCACGGCCAAAUCGACCCCUCCAACACUGAUGACCCCGGCAGCUGUACGAGCAGCCGCAUCAGCAGUCAGACAACAUCUAGGCCUCAAACUUUCCCCCCUUUGGUUGCCUUGGAGACCGAGCUGCCUCCUCCUUGUCAUCAGCCUCCUCCCCCGGCGACUGCUCUCCAGUUGGCACCCCCUUUCUGCUCAGAGCCCCCCUUCUUCUCCCGCCCCUGUCUGGGCUUGUCUGCAGCACGUGGAAGCCGACCCCCCCCCCAGCCGGCGGUGGGGGAGAUGCAGAGCAUGGGCACAAAGAGAGCACACGUCCCCCCCAUGACUCCCCAGCCCCUCUACAUACAAGGCUCAGCUGCGAAGGGUGUCUUGCGGCCUGUCUCCGAAAUUUCAGCAAAGUUUAGAUCUGUUUUCAAGGAGUUCCCGUAUUUCAACCAUGUUCAGUCGAAAGCUAUGGAUGAUGUUCUUUACACAGGUAAGAACUUUGUGGCGUGUGCCCCUACUGGAUCUGGGAAAACGGUGCUGUUUGAGCUCGCAAUAAUCCAUCUUCUGAUGGAGAGCUCUGAGCCUUGGAAGGAUGUCAAGGCUGUCUACAUGGCUCCAAUCAAAGCUCUGUGCAGCCAGCGCUUUGAGGACUGGAAGCAGAAGUUUGGCCCGUUAGGGCUGACCUGCAUGGAGCUGACCGGAGACACGGAGAUUGAUGACUUCUUUGAGAUCCAAGAUGCCCACAUCAUCAUGACGACACCUGAGAAGUGGGACAGUAUGAGCAGGAGAUGGAGAGACAACUGUCUUCUGCAGCUCAUCAGACUCUUCCUCAUCGACGAGGUGCACGUGGUGAAGGACGUGACCCGCGGGCCCACGCUGGAGGUGGUGGUGAGCAGGAUGAAGGCGGUGCACGCUCACCGGCCGGCAGGGCGCCCACAGCCAGACCUGUCCGUCAGGCUGGUGGCCGUGUCAGCAACCAUACCCAACAUCUCUGAUAUGGCUGAGUGGCUGUGUAACGAGAGCGGCCCGGCCUCCUACCUGGACAUGGACGAGAGCUACCGGCCGGUGGAGCUCAGGAAGGUGGUGCUGGGCUUCCCCUGCAGCCUCAACCAGAACGACUUCAAGUUUGACCUGUCACUCAACUACAAGAUGGCCAACAUCAUACAGACCUACUCGGACCAGAAGCCUGCUUUAGUGUUCUGCUCCACCAGGAAAGGAGUCCAGCAGUCUGCAACGGUGCUAGCCAAGGAUGCCAGAUUCAUAAUGAGCAUUGAACACAAGCAGAGACUGAUGAAAUAUGCAAACUCCAUCUUGGAUUCCAAACUGAGAGACCUGAUGAUGCUUGGUGUGGGGUACCACCACGCUGGAGUGGAUGUUUCAGACAGGAAGAUGGUGGAGGAGGCCUUCACCCGGGGAGACCUGCCUGUUCUCUUCACAACCAGCACGCUGGCCAUGGGUGUAAACCUGCCGGCCCACCUGGUGGUGGUCAAGUCCACCAUGCACUAUGUGUCAGGCUCCUGUGAGGAGUACAGUGAGGCUGACAUGCUGCAGAUGAUAGGACGAGCUGGGAGGCCACAGUUUGACACAUCAGCGACUGCAGUGAUCAUGACCAAGAGCCAUACCAAAGACAAGUACAUGAGGCUGAUGAACGGGGUGGAGAUCAUUGAAAGCAGCCUCCACGGCCACCUGGUGGAACACCUGAAUGCAGAGAUCGUCCUGCAGACCAUCAGUGACGUCAGCAUGGCCCUGGACUGGAUCCGCUCCACCUUCCUGUACAUCCGGGCCCUCAGGAACCCCCAGCACUACGGGUUCUCACCCGACCUGGAUCGGAAUGGAAUUGAAGCGAAACUGCAAGAGCUGUGUCUGAAAAACCUCCAGUCCCUGUCCUCCAUUGGUCUGAUCAGCAUGGACGAGGACGUCAACAUCAAGCCCACAGAGGCUGGCCGGUUGAUGGCCAAGUACUGCCUGGCGUUUGACACCAUGAAGCAGUUUAACGGCGUGAAUGGCCACGAGACACUGGCUGAGAUGGUGGAGCUGGUGUCAAAGAGCAGAGAGUUCAGCGACGUCCAGCUGAGAGUGAGCGAGAAGAGAACCUUGAACACGCUGAACAAGGAUAAGAACCGUGUCACCAUCAGGUUUCCUUUAGACGGGAAAAUACGAACCAAUGAGAUGAAAGUGAAUUGUUUGAUUCAGGCCCAGCUGGGCUCAAUCCCAAUACAAGAGUUUGGACUUUCACAAGAUACAGCCAAGAUCUUCAGAAACGGAACACGCAUCAGCAAAUGCCUGUCAGAGUUCCUGAUGCAGCGCUCGAAGCUGGGGCUCUCUGCUCAGCUGAGCUCCCUGAUGCUGGCCAAGUGUUUCAGGGCCAAACUGUGGGAGGACUCCCCCUACGUUUCCAAACAGCUGGAGAAAAUAGGUCUCACCCUGUCCACUGCCAUGGUGAACGCUGGAUUGACCACCUUCAGCAGAAUAGAGCACACCCAUCCCAGAGAGCUGGAGCUGAUUGUGAACAGACAUCCUCCAUUCGGAAACCAAAUCAAAGAAUCUGUGGUGAACCUCCCCAAGUAUGAAGUGAGCUUGGAGCAGCUCCCGAGGUACAGCUGUGCCACGGCGGAGAUGGUGGUGACGGUGAAAAUGAAGAACCUGGAGCAGCUUCUGUCCAGGAAGACGGCCCCGGACCGCCAGCACCACUUCACCCUGAUCAUGGGAGACUCGGACAACAGAGUGGUCUUCCUGCAGAGACUCACGGACUCUGUGCUGCUGAAGUCUGGUAGCUGGUCCAAGAAGGUGGAGGUGGUGCGGUGCUCCAAGGGAGAGGAGAUCAGCGUUAAUCUGAUAAGCUCUCAAUACGUGGGGCUGGACAUCCAGCAGAAGUUCAAUGCCUUCUACUCUGGGCCCAGGAGGUUUGAGGCGGGUUCGGUCAACCCUGCUCACCAUACCCAGUGGGAGAUCCAGAAGAUGCCUUACAACCCCAACAUUAAAGAGAAGAGCAAGCCUUCUGCUGUGAAAGCACAAUCCAUAUCACAGGCAGUGGUGCAAUACAAUACCGCAUGUAAUACGGGCAAGGAUGCAUGUGAUCUUGCACAAAAUACGGCUAAGAGACAGUGCAACCACUUCUGUAAGAACAAGGACGUUUGUGGCCAUGAAUGCUGUAAAGUAGGCGUUCCAGUAGCACAGAAGCGGCAGCCGAACCAGGAUCCUACCUUCUCCUCCCACCUCAGAGACCUGAGGAGCCUCUGUGACACGCUCACAGAGACCCCGGUCAAGAGGCUCAGGAUGAAGAUCAGUGGGGAAUCCAUGUCUGCGAGCAUGCAGCAGUUCUCCUACAAACCCAAGGAGACGAUGCCUGCUCUACCUACGUCAACGAUUCAACCUCUCAGACCCUGGACGUACUCGGCGGAUCCCUACGAAGCUCAGUCUGACGUCGUUGAUCUGACGAGAGACGGCGAUGUCACCGGUCUAGAGGAGCCUGACUAUGAGUACCUUGACCACCUGGAGGACAUCUAUGAGAUGAUGGGAGAGGAGAUGCCUCCCUCUAGUCCUCCUCUCCAAACCACUGGUCCAUUUGGUCGUCAGAUACCAAGUGCAUCAGUGACAAGACAAUCAGCUUCCCAUGCAGAUGCCAGUUUCCUCCCUGGGCCAUACGCAGAGACAGCACACCCGUCUCCCUCCACCACCUCGGUGGGACCGGGUUCAUGUCCGGCGCCGCGUCCCGCUGCGGAGAGCAGCUACGCCUCCGCUCCACAGGCCCUGACCAACGUCAACUUUGACCUUGGAAACGAGUGGGAUGACUGGGAUGAGUUGGAUGACGUUGGCGAGGCAGACUUGCUAGUGCAUGGCCCAGAGAGCUCCCAGUCCACCCGCCGUCCACAAGAGGUCCAGGCUAGCCCCCGGCCCCCCAUUGGCUACAACUCCCUGAGAGUUGGACUCCAUUCUGGACCUGCCCCGACACCAGCCCCCCCCCGGGGCCCUGGUCCGACGCAGCCCGACUCGGUCUUCACCAGGCCCAACACACCUCUAAGGUCCGUCUCCUCCAUGCCUGUGGUCAGAGCAGUAGGCUCCUCUGCUAUGGCCGGACCCUCCAACAGAAGUGCAACUGCAUGGAAUGAAAAGAGAGAGUACGUAUUGUGUGAUACGUUGACUGUGCAGAACCCAGAAGUCUUCAUGGAGCAGAAGAAGACUUGUGUUGGACCUCGCUCUGGACAGUUUGAUUUCUUCUCAGAGAGGAACAGCGAGCCAGAGAGUACUGUCUGCAACAACAGAUAUACCAAGGAGGAAGAGGCUUUCGUGGGCAUAUUUGAUGGAAUUUUCUAGUCAUGACCUGAUUUUUCAAACUAGAACGCUAUGUCACAAGUGCUUUCUGCAUGUUUUGACUCUUUUUUACAUCCACGUUUAUUUAUUUGUUGUUGGGGUGUGUUUUUGUAAUUUAAGCGAUAUAUAGAAAUCCAACAAAAGUGACUUGACAUUUACAUUCAUUUUCCCCCACUGUUCCUGUUUAUAUAAGAAUACAUUGUUUUUAUUAGGAUAUUUGUAUUCCUAUUGACUGUAUGUGUAGCCUUUUUUACGUUGUUGUUCGUAUGUUCAGAUUGACCGAUAAUUAUAUUCUCUUUAUUAAAACUAUAUUUAUAAUGA